AUGAACGCCUGGGCCGUCGACGCCUCGAAUCUUCCUGGUCAGGAUAAUGGGGCCUUUAAUCCUUCCACAAUCGAUCCAUCUGCCGCCUUUCUCCAUGCCUCUCCAAACCCCCAGGAUCCGAACCAGUUCCAGCGCAUGUUCAAUGGUGUGCCGCGGAACGCUUCCCCGGGCUUCCACAACCCUAACCAGGUGAUUCCAUCAAAACGACCACGACCAGAAGAUGGCAUGCCUAUGUCACCACGUCCUGCUCCCGGUGGAGUGACUGGGUCGCGAUCCCAGACACCUCAGGUUCCCUACCCAGGCUAUCAAGGCCCAGCCAACGGAACACCGCAAUUUCCUCAGCAUCCUACUCCAUAUCAACACCUUCAACAAGGAGCUUCGCCAAACGUGACGCAGUCGCCAGUCAUGCAAGAUUUCGACCAGCAAAGCGUUCGCAUGGGGACAGCCUCUCCCAGCCCUUUCUCUCCCGCUGGUCCUCAUGUGGGUCCUCACAUGUCACCGUCACAGUCAGAUCAUGGAAGCCGUGUCAACACCCCGCAAAACAAUAACUUUAUGCCUGGGCAAGCCUUUCCGCAAGGCAUGGGCGGCCAGUUCCAAGGACCUGGCUCGGCUGCGCCCCAGCAGGCAUUUGGCGGUAUGCAACAAGGCGGUAUGCAACAAGUGCCGCCGGGGUAUCAUCAGGCUCUCGCGGCCCAGCAGCAGCGACUCCAUGCUAUGUCAAUGCAAAACCGACAAAUGAAUGCCAACCCGCAGAUGGCCGGUCGCCCCGUUGCAGGUGGCAUGAACCCCAUGGCCAAUCCUCAACAGAUAGCCGCCUUUCGGCAGAUGCAGCAAAACGUCGCAAAGCCCAGCAACCCAGAAGCCUUUAUGCGUGCGGUACAGAAAUUUCAGAUGUCAAGAAAUCUUCCCUUUGACCCAAACCCGAUCAUCAGUGGUCGCCCGCUCAGUAUUGUUCAAUUGUAUGGAACUAUCAUGAAGAUGGGUGGAUCGAAGAAGGUUACAGCGAUGAAUGGGUGGCCUGCCGUUGCGCAGCAUCUUCAGUUCCCCCAGAUGCAGUUCCCACUGGCAGCUCAGGAGCUUCGGGAAUAUUAUCAGCGGAAUUUAGCUCCUUAUGAGCAGGCUUUUAUCAGCUCGCAACAAAAACAAUUCGCGGAGAUGCAGCAACAGCAAAACCAGCAGCAGCAUCAACAACAACCAAAUCAGCAGCAGCAGCACCCGCAGCAGCUCCAGCCGCAGCUCCAGCCAGGUGUUCCCCGCCAACCAAGUGAUGCAUCAGGGAUGCAGUUUCAGUCUCCGGCGGUAAAACAGGGCCAGAGCUUCGAGCAACCAUCUCAAUCUCCCCAAAACAAUACCCCCAUCCCGAAUCAAGCCCAAGCCCCCUCAAUGAAUGGAUUUGCGACCCCAACUCAAGCACGCAGUCAAAGCAAACCCCCUCAAACUGCACAUCGACUUAGUGUUUCUCGCCAGUCGCAGUCAUCAGUUCCCCCCGCAGACAACACAGGGCAGUUUGCUGCGCCUUCACCAUCACAACCAAGCAAAGCCGCGUCGGUCACACCGGGGCCACAGCCAGCCAAAGCUGAUCCCAAACAGGAACAGGUGACUAAGGUGCCUAUUGAGGAUCCGUUCAAGCCCAAAGUGAUCACCGAGCACCGCCUGCAUGGCCCAAUUGCGGUAGAUGAGAUGUUCCAGAUUGGCGAUGAGAUCUUAAGGCUGAAGCCAAGUGUACCAGCGUUUGCAGAACUAGGUGUAGUGGAUAUUCAUGCUCUGAACAUGGGACUCAAAUGUGGGAUCCAGGCGGAAAUUCGGGUUGCCUUGGAUACUCUGACCACCCUAUCCUCUGAGCCCAACACUGCGAUCUCUCUGGAGAACUGCGAUGAUUUGGUGGAAAGUCUGGUGGAUUGUGCCCAGGACCAAGCCGAAUUUUUAGCUGAGCACAUCCCUGAAUUGCCCGAAGGCAUGCGUUCUUACGAAGAGGUGACACGGGGAUGCCAGUCUGAAUUCACAUCACUUGCGGAAGUUCCUGAAUUCGGAAGCCUGGAAUACAGGCUUGAUCGAGCCGUGGAACGGUUGAUAUGCAUCACUACCAUCAUCCGCAACUUGUCCUUCAACGAAGCUAACGUUGGCAUCCUGGGCAUCCCCGCUGUUACUCAGGUCUUUGCCGAUGUUUUCCGCUGCCUUGGAACCCACAAAAUGUUCCUACGGACCAACCACAAUACACUGGAUUUUAUGAAGGAUGCGGUCAUUUUCAUGAGUAACUCGGCCCACGUCAUGCAAAUACCCGGGAAAGAGGAGGCUCAAAGCCUAUUGGAAUUCCUUCUUGCUUUUGCGCCAGAAUCCACACAAUCUAAGGAAUUGAUGUUCACUGCCUUCAAUCCUUCUAUCCAUCGAUAUACCCCUGCUGCGGUGGAUGGCCUGGCUAAGCUGUUGGCGAGGGAUGACCCGAACCGGAUCUACUUUGGAGCCAUAUUCUCUGGUGACGGUUCUGUUCCGGCUCGACCAGAUCUCCUGACCCGCGCGUUUGGUCUUGCUGUCUGCGCCGUUCCUGACAAGAAACCUCUGGCGGUUGCAGAUGCCCGCAAGAUCUUCCUCAUGCAAGGUCUGUUGGCUGCGGAUGUUUUGACCACAUUUGCAGACGGCUCUUUGGCAAGAUCUUGGGUUGGGUCUGUUGAUGGGUUUGCCAUUCACCUCUUGCGACUUUCCUGCCUGCUUUGCACCGAACGCCUCCCGCAACUCGCUAGUAUCCGGCAAAGAGGCCCCCACGAAGCGGAUGCUUAUGCGUUUGCCGCUAUCAUCAAUCGUGGGUUGGCCAUCUUACGCCGACUUGCCGAGAAAUCCAAGCAAGUGGACAAUACCUUGCCGCUGAAGCUUCCAUCUGGAGUUAUCCCUCGCAAGGAAAGUCUACUUGGGGCGUUAUUGCUUCCCAACAUGGAUCCCAACAUAAUCCGCCAACUCCUCACAUAUGCUCGUCUUGCAGAGUAA